AGCACAAAGUAUUAGCGUACACUCGAUGCAGAAGUUGUACAGUCUACUCUAACAGAUCUUUACUUUCUUUAGCAUGAGAAAUACAGCGAAGUCUUUGUUUGAAAAGGGGUUGGUUUCUUGUAGUUCGUCGUUGAUUUUCUUCAAUGCCGUCGAACCAGAGCGAGGCCAAAUGCAUCAUAAAUUUGAACACGUUGCCAGACGAUGUGCUCUUGGCCAUUUUACGUUUCUGUGAUACAAGAAGCCUGUCGGCGUUGUCUUGUGUAAGCAGGAAUCUGUGUCGUGUGGCGAAGGAUGUUUCCAUUUGGAGAAGAAUUGCUUUGCUUUGUGUCAACAUUCAUUCUUCUGACAAAACGGGUGCUUUUAGCUGGAAAGAGCUUUGUAGAGUCUCAUGGAACUGGAUACAUGGAUAUUGUAAAGACAGAUACAUAAUCAGGUUUAAAUGCAACCUUAUGCCAUGGAUUCAACUGGGAAGACCUCGGCAACUGUUUGUGGCCCAAGCCACUGAUAUUAUUGUGUAUCAGUUAAGAAAACACACAAAGGGGGGACAGUUUUUGUGGAAACCUUUGACAACCUUUGGUGGUCACCAGGGUGAUAUCAGUAAGUUUGUCAUCACUGAAGGGCAGUUGUUAACUUGUGGUAUGGACAAGUCAGUCCGCACUUGGAGUCUGGAAACGGGAUUAUGUAAUGGUGUGUACCUUGGGCAUACUGGAGAAGUUCACAGUCUAGACUGUUUUGGAGAAGUAAUAGUUUCAGGAUCCAGAGACAAAACCAUCAAGGUAUGGUGUCAGCAAACCCAAUCUUGUGUCCACACCAUUGAUAUUCAGGAUAAUGUUUGGUCAGUUUCCCUUAAUCCAAGCACCAGAUGUUUAGCUAGUGGAAACAGUGGUCAUACCAAAGGCAAUGCACCUUUACAGCUGUGGGAUAUCAACAGUGGAAGGUGCAUUAUGAAUCUGGUGACAGGAUCAACUCAAGCAGGAGCAGGGGUUCGUGGAAUCAAGUGGGAAACUCCCUUCACAUUACUGUCCUGUGGAUAUGAUACAACUGUUAGACUGUGGGAUACCAGACUUCAUAACCACAGUGCUUCAUCAUGUGUACUGAAGUGGGAAGACCCUCAUGACUCAGUGGUGUACUGGAUUGAUUCCGAUAACAAGUGGAUGGUGAUCAGUGGAACCAACCGAUAUGGAGUGGUCAGGAUUUGGGACAAAUGGUUUAGAAAGUGCCUUCAGGUUUGAGUGCAUAUUUUUUUGGUAAAAUGUUAUCAUGCCAGGUUUUGAAAUACCUCUUUUUCAGACUUGGUACAUUGUGUUAGCUGACAGAGGUCUUUCCCUAACAACUAUACCACUGUUUCCCUCUUAGUGGAUACUCAGAGAUCCAAUUUUUAGACCGUGAUUUUUCUGGUAGAGUUCGCUAAAACAAAUAUCCAAGGUGUUUUACUUUGAAUGUCAGAAAUUAAUAAACGCUUCUUGAAAAGGUGACAAAAUUGUGGACAUUUUUCAUCAUGGUGGUUGGUCUGCAGAACUGUGGUCAGGGCUGUGCUCUAGCAGUGCCCAGUGGCCCCUGGUGCCUUACAUUUGUACUUGGGCGACCUAGGAAUUUUAGUUUUUUCAUAAAAAGCAUAUGCUGGGCACCCUAGAUCUGAGCACUGGGGCUCUCUUCAAUUUUUCUUAGAGCACAGCCUUGCUGGUACAAGAGUUUGGGGUUGAUGCCCUGUCUUAGGUGAUUUUUUUCUAAGCCGGUGUGUGGUGUAGCAGUGCCUCUUUUUACUAAAAGUGUAAAUAUGUAUCUGCCAAGUGUUAGAAAAUUUGACAAUGUUCUUAGGAAUUUCUUGGAAGAUUAUGCUUAAUUGUAGUGGUAACUUCUUGCUGCUAAAAGUAGUUAGAACAUGUGGGUCUGGGAUUUUAAACUUUCUUUCCAGAUUUGUUGUAAUAUCCUUGCCAUUUAGUAAAUUAUCAUUCUUACUUGUGAAUUUCCCUCUGAUGGAGACAACGAUUCAUAUUUUUGCAGAUGUACUAAGCUGGCAGAAACUCAUCCAGUCCAGUGUACUCCUUGUCAUUCAAUAGAACAUCACUUUAUGUUGCUUUAGCCAGUGGUGUUCGAAUGUUGGAUUUCACUGUAUAAGUG